UUAAUCCUCCCAUAUCGAACUACAAACGUUAUCCCCUUCAUCUUCCCACUAGCAGCAGGCUCAGUGGUGUGAAACGUUAGGGCAAAAAUGGCGGUUUCGAUAACGGCUCUCACGUCGUCCUUAUCCUCUCUCUCGUUUUCCUCCCACGUAGCUCAGAAGCCCAGCAUUGUGUCGUUUCCCGGCUCCAAAUCAGUGUCUGUUUCGCACGGGUGCGGAGCCGCCACACGUGCCCCUCGUCUGGUGGUGUUUUCCGUCGCGGCAGCUCCUCCAACGGAAGUGGUGGAGACUGAAAACCUCAAGAAAUACGUGAAAUCGAGGCUUCCCGGCGGCUUUGCGGCUCAGACAAUCAUCGGCACCGGUCGUCGGAAAUGUGCGAUUGCUCGUGUUGUACUCCAGGAGGGCACCGGAAAAGUUAUCAUCAACUAUCGCGACGCCAAGGAAUAUCUGCAAGGCAACCCGUUGUGGCUACAGUACAUAAGAGUACCGUUGGUUACUUUAGGAUACGAAAGUGGGUACGACGUGUUUGUCAAGGCUCAUGGUGGUGGCCUUUCUGGUCAGGCGCAGGCGAUAUCCCUUGGCAUUGCUCGAGCUUUGCUAAAGGUCAGCGAAGACCAUAGAAGACCUCUCAGAAAGGAAGGGCUGCUGACCAGAGACGCCAGAGUAGUUGAAAGGAAGAAGCCUGGUCUCAAGAAAGCUCGCAAAGCCCCUCAGUUUUCAAAGCGUUAGACUCGUCUUUCCUUUUCUAUGCUGUGAACAUCGCAAGCCAUACAAAGAUCUCGGCUUCCAUUGUAGAUUAAAGUUUCUUUUGUGGUGAAAUCUUUUUGUGCACUAUAUGAACAGGUUUUCAUUUGGAAAUGUGAAUGUGGAUUGAAAGCAA